AUGCCUAAAGUUGAUGCCAAGUUUGAGACAUUAGAAGCUUUUGAAGAUGCUGCAAAAUUAGCAGCUAAAGUUAAUAGAUUUGCUUUUGCAAGAAAGGAUACAGCUGUUAAUGAAGUAAUUGAUGGUGGAAUUAUUUGUACUAAAGAUAUUAUAAAUGAACAUGCUUGUAUUAGAUAUGCAUUAAAUGAAGCUAGAUGCCCUGAAGUUCUUAUUGUAGAUGCUACAUAUAAGACAAAUAUUUAUAAAUUUCCUUUAGUUAGUGCUAUUGGUAUUAAUAAUGUCAGUAAUAAAAAAGAGGCAUUGGCAUCUUUUCAAAUUGCCAUGGCUUGGAUGGAAAAUGAAAGUGAAGCAUCAUAUACUUGGUUUCUACAAACCCUUUGUACAGAGAUUUAUAAUACCUAUAGUUGUCUACCAAACAUUUUUAUGUCAGACAAAGAUCAGGCCUUAAGGAAUGCCUCAUCUAAAGUAUUUUCAGAAUCUAAUAAGAUGCUAUGUGUAUGGCAUAUUCUAGAACAAAAUUUAAAAGCAAAUUGCUGUAAACUUUUUAAAACCAAUGACGAUUAUGAAGCAUUUAAAAAAGAAGUUGUGGGCCUACAUUUUACAACAGUUGAAGAGCAAAUUUCACAAUCUUUAAAUUCAGUCAAAAAAGCUGCAGAGAAAGCUUAUACACCAGAAAAAGUAGAGUCAUAUAUUCAGACAUUAAUGAAGGAUUCAAAAAUGUGGAUUUCAGCUUACACUAAAUGGUACUGUAAUAUGGGAAUAUCGACUACUGGAUGUUGUGAAUCAUCUCAUAGCGCAUUUAAAAGAGCUAUUGAGACAGCUAGUAACUUGAAUAGUGUCUUUCGUAAAAUUGAUCAAACAAUGUGCUUACAACACCUAAAAGCAUCUAUGCGUACAGGCUCUAAUAAGGUGAUUAAUAAUAUCAAAAGAACAUUACAAAAAAUGGCAAAACCAAAUAUAUAUGAAAAUAAUAGAACUUGUGAAUGCUCUAGUAAAUUUAAGUUUAAGCUUUCUUGUCCACAUAUAAUUCCAAAAGAUAGUCCAAUUCCUUUGUUAAUGAUCGAUAAAAGAUGGUUUCUUGAAAGAUCUAAAAUUACAGAGCUUUUGCAUCCUUCAAAGUCUUCUAUUAUUGAUCCAGAGUUUUAUAGUACUUUUGUUAAAGCAGAAGAGAAAUUUGAACAAUUAUCAGACAUUGCUGCUAAGAUGGAAUUUAUUACUAAACUUUGA